CUGGCAUUUAAGCUGCCAAAUCAAUAACGGCUGUUGGAGGCGGUGCAGGAUGGCGUAAGCCAGAAUUGAAGGAAGAACGUAAGCAGAAGGAACUGAAGUGAUUGGCUAACUGCACUGCCCGUGAGCAUCUAGACUUGACCUCCGUUAUUCUGGCGCCAAAAUGGCGCUCGUGGCGGGAGUUAUUCGGCGGCUGGACGAAACAGUGGUGAACCGCAUCGCGGCGGGGGAAGUAAUACAGCGGCCGGCUAAUGCCAUUAAAGAGAUGAUUGAAAACUGUUUAGAUGCAAAAUCCACAAGUAUUCAAGUGAUUGUUAAAGAGGGAGGCCUGAAGUUGAUUCAGAUCCAAGACAAUGGCACUGGAAUCAGGAAAGAAGACCUGGAUAUUGUCUGUGAGAGGUUCACUACAAGUAAACUAAAGUCGUUUGAGGAUUUAGCCAGUAUUUCUACCUAUGGUUUUCGGGGUGAGGCUUUGGCCAGCAUAAGCCAUGUGGCUCAUGUUACUAUUACAACCAAAACAGCUGAUGGAAAGUGUGCAUACAGAGCAAGUUACUCAGAUGGAAAGCUGCAGACUCCUCCUAAACCAUGUGCAGGCAACCAAGGAACCCAGAUCACGGUGGAGGACCUUUUCUACAACAUAACCACAAGGAGAAGAGCUUUAAAAAAUCCAAGUGAAGAAUAUGGAAAAAUUUUGGAAGUUGUUGGCAGGUAUUCAAUACACAAUUCAGGAAUUAGUUUUUCAGUUAAAAAACAAGGUGAGACAGUAGCUGACGUCAGAACAUUACCCGGUGCUACAACCGUGGACAAUAUUCGCUCUAUCUUUGGAAAUGCUGUUAGUAGAGAACUGAUAGAAGUUGGGUGUGAGGAUAAAAACCUAGCUUUCAAAAUGAAUGGCUAUAUAUCCAAUGCAAACUACUCGGUGAAGAAGUGUAUUUUCUUACUGUUCAUCAACCAUCGUCUGGUAGAAUCAACUUCUUUGAGAAAAGCCAUAGAAACAGUGUAUGCAGCAUAUUUGCCCAAAAACACACACCCAUUCCUGUAUCUCAGCUUAGAAAUCAGCCCCCAGAAUGUGGAUGUCAAUGUACACCCCACAAAGCAUGAAGUUCACUUCUUGCAUGAAGAGAGCAUCCUGGAGCGGGUACAGCAGCACAUUGAGGGCAAACUUCUGGGCUCCAAUUCCUCUAGGAUGUACUUCACCCAGACUUUGCUACCAGGACUUGCUGGCCCCUCUGGAGAGGUGGUUAAGUGCACCACAGGUGUGACCUCUUCUUCUUCUGGAAGUGGUGACAAGAUCUAUGCUUACCAGAUGGUCCGCACCGAUUCCCGGGAACAGAAGCUCGAUGCCUUUCUGCAGCCUAUGAGCAAGGCCCUGCCUUGUCAGCCCCAAGCCCCUGCCUCAGGGGAUAAGGCAGAUGGCCCUAGUGAUGAGGCCGUACAGCAAGAUGAGGAGAUGCUUGAGCUCCCAGCCUCUGCUGAGGUGACUGCCAGGAAUCAGAGCUUGGAGGAGAAAGUAGUAGAGGGGUAUUCAGAAGCAGCACAGAAGGGAGUACCUUCUUCCAGCCCAGGCAAUCCCAGAAAGAGAAAUCGGGAAGACUCUGAUGUGGAAAUUAUGGAAGGUGAUUCCCAGAAGGAAAUGACAGCAGCUUGUACUCCCCGGAGAAGAAUCAUUAACCUCACAAGUGUUUUGCGUCUCCAGGAAGAAAUUAAUGAGCGAGGACAUGAGACUCUCCGGGAGAUGCUUCGUAACCACUCCUUCGUGGGUUGUGCAAAUCCUCAGUGGGCCUUGGCACAGCAUCAGACCAAGCUGUAUCUUCUCAACACCACCAAACUUAGUGAGGAGCUAUUCUACCAGAUACUCAUCUAUGACUUUGCCAAUUUUGGUGUUCUGAGGUUAUCGGAACCAGCACCACUCUUUGACCUCGCCAUGCUUGCCUUAGACAGUGUUGAGAGUGGCUGGACAGAGGAAGAUGGCCCCAAAGAAGGACUUGCUGAAUAUAUUGUUGAGUUUUUGAAGAAGAAGGCUGAGAUGCUUGCAGACUAUUUCUCUUUGGAAAUAGAUGGGGAAGGGAACCUGAUUGGAUUACCCCUUCUAAUAGAUAACUAUGUGCCCCCUUUGGAAGGCCUGCCAAUCUUCAUCCUUCGACUAGCCACAGAGGUGAAUUGGGAUGAAGAAAAGGAAUGUUUUGAAAGCCUCAGUAAAGAAUGUGCUAUGUUUUACUCCAUCCGGAAGCAGUAUAUAUCUGAAGAGACAGUUCUCUCAGGCCAGCAGAGUGAAGUGUCUGGCUCCACUCCAAACUCCUGGAAGUGGACUGUGGAACACAUUGUCUAUAAAGCCUUCCGUUCACACCUUCUACCUCCUAAGCAUUUCACAGAAGAUGGAAAUGUCCUGCAGCUUGCCAACCUGCCUGACCUAUACAAAGUCUUUGAGAGGUGUUAAAUAUGGACUCAGGGGUCUUUUGAUCUUCCUUUCUGUCCAUGUGUGAUAGUGACUACAAAUAAAUUGUCAGGUGUUUCUUGUGUGAUUUCUUACUUAACUACUUACACUUGAAAACUUUUCUAGAUCAGUUUUCCCCUAGCAUAUAUACUGAAGAAUCCCAAAAGAAGUGUGGGAUGCCCCUUGGCCAUCUGAAAAGGGUAGCUCAUGUCUUAAUUCCAGCUAUUUGGGAGGCAGAGAUUGGGAGAAUCACAGUUCAAGGCAAGCAUGGGCAAAAAGUUGUGAGACUCACCCCUCUCCUCCAAUCUCAACCAACAAGCCAGACUAAAGUACACAGUUGUGGUCCCAGCUAUGUGGAAAACUUACAUAGGGGGACGGAGGUCCAAAGCCAGCCACAAGCAAAAAACACAAGAACCUAUCCAAAAAAGAUAACUAAAGCACAAAAGUGCUGGAGGCAUUGCUCAGUUGGCAGGCACAAGGUCCUGAGUUCAGACUACCAAAAAAAAAUUUAAAAAAUUCUAAAAAGGUCUUGAUUUCCCAGGUCAUGCUCCGACUGAUUUUUUUUCUGUUCUGGUGAACUUUUAUUGUCAGGUGCCAUAUAUUGUGACAGUUCAGGAUUUUUAAAAAGUCUGUUGACAUUGACUAUGAAGAAAGCGUGAAUUAAAAAACUAUUAAUAUCUUCAGUAAACAAUGAAAAAACUUGAGGGAAGAAAUAAGUGUUUAUCCAGUCUCUAAGUGUAUGAGUUUUUUAAGUUAGUCCACUAAGCUAAUGGCUAUUAGUACUUGUCACUUAAGUUUCUAGGUAUUCUUGUUUGAAGGAUAAUGUACAAGUGAAGGAGGGUACCAUUCACUAGCCUAACCAACUCCAUUUUUUCCCUUCUGGCUCUGUUCCUCUUAACUUGUUUUCCUCCUGAGUCACACUCUUCUGUAGUUAUCUUUGGAUUUCGGGAAUGAUAGGACUGAUCAAUAAGUAUCUUUAUGGCAAGGGACUAGAACUACUUCCAAGCAAUAGUGAGCUUUGAAGGACAGAUCACCCCCAGAUGAGGGCAGUUACCCAUAAUGGUGAAUAAGGCUACACACCAGAGCAGGAAUAAUCAUCACAUGAGAACUAGAUUGUCCCCCUAAAGUGAUUAUAGCGAUGAAUACUUCUCCAAAACACCUUGUGGAACCUGAACUGAGAUAAUGAUCAGUCAUAUCACUGGCCUGACCAAGAGUAACUUGGUCUAUCAGCCAUGCGUAACUCAACCCCCACCUCCUGUUUCCUUUUCUAUAAAAUCUUAAGAGUUCUUUGUCAUCCCCCUUGAAAAUGUUCACUGAACCCCAUCAUUUGUUCUUCCCAUCAUGGCCACAUUGAUUAAACUUCCUUUCUCUGCCCUUCACCACCAAUUGGG